CCUGCAGAGAGCUCAAGUCGCGAUUCAUAUCCAGCAUCUGCUGGACGCGACCUCCACCCCACCACGAGCCCUACCUCUCAUUUAAUGAUUGUAAUGACCCAACAGGCUGCGUAGCCUACACUCUCCUUUCUCAUUUCAAUAUUUAAUCUGCUACCACUACAUGGGACUGGCCCUCAACUGCGACUACAAACCAAAUCCUCCGACCGAUGCGACUACCUUCGAACCUCCAUACUCGCACGACGUAGCUGGAUUGUUGCAGUACCAACCCGAGUAGCCUAGGAGGGGCCUAAGGGGCAGGACAAGCAGCUGCAAGCUGCACACCCAUCUCGCCAUGGCGACUCACAACUUUGAGGCUAUGGCCGCAAAGCUGGACGAUCCAAAUUCUGAUCUACGAACGAAAGGAACGCUGGCGAUCGACAUACGAGACAGCAUCGAGAGUUACUGCCAAGGGCAGCAGUACAGCCCUUUCUUGAACCAUCUUGUCCCAGUGUUUCUCAGAAUACUGGAUGGCAACCCGGUCUUUAUAUCCACGUCCCCGGAACAGCGAAUACGGAAUUGCGUCCUCGAGAUCCUACACCGACUUCCUAUGAACCCGGUUGAGGCGGUCGAACCCCAUGCGGCCAAGAUAGUGGACAAGCUUAUGAGCUUGGUGAAGUUGGAAAAUGAGGAUAAUGCCGUGUUGUGCAUGAAGACCAUUAUGGACUUUCAGCGGCACCAGACCAAGGCUCUCGCGGACCGAGUGCAACCGUUUCUAGACCUUAUUCAAGAGAUGUUCGAGACGAUGGAGCAGGCGGUGCACGACACGUUCGACAGCAGCGCGCCAGCGCCAGCCUCGCAGGGCGUACCAUCAACUCCGAACAAUCACCAAUACUCACAGUCCCCGCGACCGAGUUCACCCGCGACCGCCCUCACAUCUGGUCCCGCAGGCGAAAUCGGGUCAGAACACCAGCAAACGCGCAUGCUGUUGAAGGGCAUGCAGUCGUUCAAGGUCCUCGCCGAGUGCCCCAUAAUCGUCGUGUCACUAUUUCAGGCAUACAGGAAUUGCGUCAACAAGAACGUGAAACUUUUUGUUCCGCUUAUCAAGAAUGUGCUCCUGCUACAGGCGAAGCCGCAAGAAAAGGCACACGAAGAGGCCAAAGAACGGGGCACCAUCUUCACCGGGGUCAGCAAGGACAUUCGCAACCGCGCUGCGUUCGGCGACUUUAUUACAGCUCAAGUCAAAACCAUGAGCUUCCUAGCCUACCUCCUGAGGGUGUACGCGAACCAGCUGAACGACUUUUUGCCAACACUACCGGAUAUUGUCGUACGGCUACUCAAAGACUGCCCGCGAGAGAAGUCCGGAGCGCGCAAGGAGCUCUUGGUGGCUAUCAGGCAUAUCAUCAACUUCAACUUCCGCAAAAUCUUUCUUAAGAAGAUCGAUGAGCUCUUAGACGAACGGACGUUGAUUGGUGACGGGCUGACGGUCUACGAGACUAUGCGUCCGCUGGCCUAUAGCAUGCUUGCCGACCUAAUACACCAUCUACGAGAAUCGCUUUCCAAGGAGCAAAUUCGCCGGACCGUAGAGGUAUACACUAAGAACCUCCACGACACAUUCCCGGGAACAAGCUUCCAGACGAUGAGUGCAAAACUUCUACUUAACAUGACGGAGUGCAUUGCUAAACUGGAGCCAAAGGAAGAUGCCCGGUACUUUUUGAUCAUGAUACUCAACGCCAUUGGCGAUAAGUUUGCCUCUAUGAACCGUCAGUAUCACAACGCUGUCAAGCUGUCGGCUCAGUAUAGUCAGCCUUCUAUCGAUGCGGUAGACGAAAAUCACAUGGCUGUUCAAGAACACCCUCCAGACUGGGACGAAAUCGACAUCUUCAAUGCGACGCCCAUUAAAACUUCGAAUCCGCGAGAUAGGAGCUCGGAUCCAAUUGCCGACAACAAGUUCCUGUUCAAGAAUCUGCUUCAUGGGCUUAAGAAUCUCUUCUACCAGCUACGAGUUUGUAAUCCGGCGAAGAUCAAAGAAGAGAUAGAUGUGGCCAACGCAUCGGCAAACUGGCAUGAGGUUUCCUUUGGCUAUAAUGCGGAAGAGGUUGAGGUCCUUAUCAAGCUUUUCCGCGAAGGCGCAAAAGUAUUUCGCUACUACGGCACCGACAAGUCCCCGGAAACGCAAGGCCUAUCACCGGGAGAUUUCAUGGGAAACCAGCACAUGAUGUCGAGCGGCAAGGACGAGAAGGAGCUCUUGGAGACGUUCGCAACCGUAUUUCACCACAUCGAUCCAGCUACGUUCCACGAAGUGUUUUCCUCCGAGAUACCCCAUUUGUACGAUAUGAUGUUUGAUCAUCCCGCGUUACUCCACGUACCGCAGUUUCUCCUGGCGUCGGAAGCGACGUCGCCAAGCUUCUCGGGAAUGUUGUUACAGUUCUUAAUGGAUCGGAUCGAAGAAGUCGGCACAGCGGACGUAAAGAAGUCGUCUAUUCUGUUACGCCUUUUCAAACUCUCAUUUAUGGCUGUCACGCUUUUCUCCGCACAGAAUGAGCAGGUGCUGUUGCCGCACGUCAGCAAAAUCAUCACAAAAUCGAUACAAUUGUCAACAACAGCCGAAGAGCCGAUGAACUACUUCUUACUGCUCAGGUCGUUAUUCAGAAGCAUAGGUGGCGGCAGAUUCGAACAUCUCUAUAAGGAGAUCCUUCCAUUGCUGGAGAUGUUACUGGACGUUCUCAACAACCUUUUAUUGACAGCUCGCAAGCCUGCUGAGCGCGACCUAUUUGUGGAACUAUCUCUCACAGUGCCAGCGCGGUUGAGCAACCUUCUGCCGCACCUUAGCUACCUCAUGAGGCCUCUGGUUGUAGCAUUACGAGCUGGCUCUGAUCUCGUCGGCCAAGGAUUGCGCACACUCGAAUUAUGCGUGGACAAUUUGACGGCGGACUAUCUGGAUCCAAUCAUGGCGCCUGUCAUCGACGAACUCAUGGCUGCAUUAUGGGAGCACCUGAAGCCGAAUCCCUACAGUCACUUCCAUGCCCAUACCACAAUGCGCAUUCUUGGUAAGCUCGGUGGACGCAAUCGAAAGUUCAUCACAGGGCCUCCGGAGCUGGAGUACAAGCCUUACUCGGACGAUCAAUCUUCCAUCGACAUCCGGCUCAUUGGAUCGACCAAGGAUCGUGCUUUCCCGGCAGCGAUAGGUAUAGAUACCGCUAUCGCUAAGCUACAUGAGAUCCCGAAGCAACCAGCAGCGAAGAAGUCAGAUGCGUUCCACAAGCAGCAGGCUUUCCGCCUCAUUACGGCACAUACGAAACUUUUAGUUGGCUUCGACAACUUACCCGAGGACUUUGCUCAGCUAGUAAGACUGCAAGCGAAUGAUCUAUGCGCCAAGAAAUUUGAGGAUGGAGUCGACAUACUCACAGCGUCUGAGCGAGAGAGGUCCAUCGUCAAGAAGGUUGUCGAGCAAGACACGUUGAAGAAGCUCAUCAAGGCAUGCAUCUUCGCUGUGUCAAUACCAGAUCUCAAGACAGAUGCUGAAGCCUUGGUGACGAAUCUAGCCAAACAUUUCACCCUCCUAGAGCUCGGGACUCAGUUUGCAACCUUAAAGCAUAAGAACAAACCGUUCGAUGUGCAUUCGGGCGAAGGACCGGUCACGAUCGAAAGCGAUGUCAUCUCCGACGCUAUUGGUGAAUCUCUUGCAUCGGAACACCCAGAUGUGCGAGAUGCUGCUGAACAAGCUAUUCUGACGAUGCGUGAUGCCGUCAAAGCGAUCUUUGGCAACGACAAUUCGCUCGACAAGUUCUCCUUUUUCAACGAGCUAUCAAGUACCUUCUGCCAUAAUUGCCACGCCGACGACUGGUUUAUGAAGUCGGGUGGAACACGAGGCAUCGAGAUCAUCAUCAAGCAGCUAGGACUCCCCCAAUCAUGGAUGGUGGCACGCCAUUUUGAACUUAUUAGGGCUCUAAACUUCGUCAUGAAGGACAUGCCGAUUGACCUCGAUUCGAAGACGCGCAUUCAAGCAGAAGGCCUGAUAGGGGAACUGAUCAAACAAUGUCACAAGAGAACUACCAAGGAAGAGUUUGAGAAGGGCAACAACAUCACACUAAGACUAUGCGGUCAGCUAGUGGGUGACCUCUCACACAUGAACAAGAGUGUACGAGAGGCGACACAAAAAGCUUUCCACGUACUGUCUGGUGUUACCGGUUUGACCGUAAGCGAACUCAUCAUGCCAGUCAAGGAUAGACUCAUUGUACCAAUAUGGACGAAGCCCCUUCGAGCGCUGCCAUUCGGCAUACAGAUUGCUUAUAUCGACGCUAUCACCUUCUGCCUGAAGCUCAAAAAUAAUAUUCUGGAGUUCAAUGACCAGCUCACGAGGCUGCUCAUGGAGUCACUUGCAUUGGCCGAUGCGGAAGACGAAGGACUCGCAAGUAAGCCUUUCGAGCAACGUAAUGCGGAGCACAUCGUCAACUUGCGGGUCGCCUGCAUCCACCUUCUAUCUACCGCCCAGAGCUUCCCAGAGUUCAGCAGCAUGCCACCGAACCAGACUUUCCUCCGUAUCAUCGCCGUUUUCUUCAAGUGUCUGUACUCGAGAUCUCCUGAAGUCAUCGAGGCAGCCAAUAUCGGCUUGUCUGGUGUCAUCUCGGCUACAAACAAAUUGCCAAAGGAUGUCCUACAAAGUGGUCUCCGCCCCAUCCUCGUCAAUCUUCAAGAUCCACGCAAGCUCUCGGUUGAGAACCUGGAUGGACUGGCUCGAUUGCUGAAGCUGUUAACGAACUACUUCAGAGUCGAGAUCGCAACUCGUCUUCUGGACCAUAUGAAGAUGAUUGCAGAUCAGAAUAGCCUGCAAAAGAUCUCAUUCACCAUGAUCGAGCAGAAUCCCAAGAUGAAGGUUGUCACAGGCAUCUUCAACAUCUUCCACCUCCUUCCACCCACGGCUGCUACGUUCCUCAAGCAGGUCAUCGAAAAAGUCAUCGAACUGGAGAUUGCACUACGACGAACACAUUACAGUCCGUUCAGAGAGCCACUUAUUAAGUAUCUCUGCAUGUACCCCAAAGAAGCUUGGGAUUACUUCGCACCAAAGCUGAAGGAACAGAUACCUGGGCGCUUCUUUGCACAGCUGCUCGAGAACAAAUUGAGCGCUGUCUUGCGAAAGCAGGUCAUGGAGGAUGUGCCUGGUUUCUUGAAUGUGUUGAACUCGGAAGGGACCGACAAGGAGACUUGUCAGAUUCAGCUCAACGCUAUUCACAUUGCGUAUGCACUUAGCCAAUUCGAGGCGACGAGUAAGUGGCUGGUUGACCAUGACGACUUGCGGAAGGGAAUUUUUGAGGCAGCGCGGUCAUUGGAAAAGAAACUCCGUUUGAACACCAUCGACGUGGAGUUACGUCUGGCUACUGAACAAGCCAGUGACCAGGUCAUGUUCAUUUUCACCACGUACCUCAAGCACGAGCCGAACGGGUUGGACUUCUUUUUCGAGCUUAUCGAUGCUAUCACAUCUGAGGAGUUGAAAGCGUCGCCACGAUUGUUCGACUUCAUCUACGAAGAGAUCAUUUGCAGCGAGUCUGUCGAAUACUGGAAGACUUUAGUGCACAAGUGCAUCGACCUGUAUACGUCACGGACUUCCUCGCAAAAGUCAAAGACCUUCAUCUUCCGGUAUAUCGUCAAUCCCAUCUUUGCCAUGGAUGUCAAGCGCAACUGGGACAGCCUGUUCGAUCAAAAUAUGAAGGGUACCAAGUUGAUGGAUCGUAACAUGACGGAGACAAUUCACAACCGACUGUGGAAACCACAGUCACUAACCGAUACCUCAGAGGAGACUGCACAGCUUGGCGUUGACCAUUCGCGAAUGGAACUGCUUCAACUCACCACACUCCUUCUCAAGCACUAUUCCGGUAUGAUCCAAGACGCUCGUAAAGUGGUCAUCAAGUUUGCCUGGAACUACAUCAAGCUCGAAGACGUCAUCAACAAAUACGCGGCGUAUGUUCUCAUCGCUUUCUUCAUCGCUGUGUACGAUACGCCUAUGAAGAUUGCCAUUCAGGUCUAUCAAGCCCUUCUCAAGGCGCAUCAAAAUGAAGGACGUUCACUAGUAAUGCAGGCGCUGGAGCUUAUGGCACCAGUCUUGCAAAAGCGGAUGGGGAACGGCGACCCGAAGAUGCCCAGAUGGAUCCAGCACCCGCGCAAAAUCCUGUCCGAGGAAAGUUCGAAUUUGCAGCAGUUGAUGAGCAUUUUCAACUUCAUUGUAAAGCAUCCGGAUCUUUUCUACGAGGGGCGCGAGCAUUUGUCUAGUAUUAUCAUCACCGCGCUUUCGAAGAUUGCGCAGCCUCCGAAUCCGUCGACCGAUGCUAAGAAGCUCGCGUUGAACUUGAUCAGCCUCAUCAGGACCUGGGAAGAACGAACAGCAAAUGAGGCUGGAGGUACGGCUGAGAUAAAAUCGGAGUCACCACAAGCGCUUAAAAGGCGAGCAGACGGGUCGGCCGUGGCUCCGGGUCCGUUGCCAAAGGGCUUUGUCGCUUCAGCCGGCAUCCGCAUGAUGCUGAUCAAGUACCUCGUUCAGUUCAUAGCGUACCUACCCGAGCGCUUCCCUGUUGCCUCACCCAAGCCAAAGGAUGCAGUCAUUGUCACAACCAACACAUCGCAGCCCGCUGAGAUUUGUAGAAAGGCUGUGCAGCUACUACACGACCUCCUCUCACAGCGACUAUGGAACGAUUUGGACCUCGACGUAAUGCUUACGAAGAAGAUCGAGGAGAUCCUACUGAUUGAGAUGAAACAGGAGGAUAAAUCUGAAGUGUUCCAUACACGAAUGAUCAACACGCUACAGAUCGUAAAGGUUAUUGUCAAUGUUAAGCCAGACGACUGGGUACUCCAGCGUAUUCCGCAGUUCCAGAAAAUCCUAGAGAAGCCAGUUCGAUCCGAAAACCCCGAUGUUCAGGCGAGUUUACACGCGACCGACGAGUCUGAGGAUGGAUCGAUGAAGUUGCAGCCCAUUCUCAAACGGAUCUUGGAGGUCAUGCCAGAUCCUGUUACAGACGAUGAGGGAAACACCGAAGAGUCCCCAUCAACAGAAUUUGUCAACUUCCUGGGAGCUGUCUCGACCGAGGCACUCUCGAACGGCUCCUAUGUCUGUGCCAUCAAUGUCCUUUGGACCCUUUGUCAGAAGCGACCAGAGGAGAUCGACCAGCAUAUACCACAGGUCAUGAAAGCGUUCCAGGGCAAAAUGGCCAAGGAUCAUCUCGCUGGUCACGCCGGAAUCCCAGGGCAGCCUGUUCCGCCUAGUAUGCGUCCGGAAGGAUCCAAUCCGCCAACCGAUCCCCGUGAGGUCGAGGUUCAAACGGAUCUCGUUCUCAAAACCGUCGACAUUCUCGCAGCGCGGAUGAACGAACUUGGCGAAAACCGGCGACCUUACUUGAGCGUCCUUGCCUCACUUGUUGAGCGGUCUCAAACUAAUUCCGUGUGCAUGAAGGUGCUGGAUCUCGUGGAAGACUGGAUCUUCCACUCCACUGAGCCAGUUCCAACGCUCAAGGAGAAGACCGCAGUGCUCAGCAAGAUGCUUCUCUUUGAACACCGACAAGAUACCUCACUCCUCACCCGCUUCCUCGAUCUUGUCAUCCGAAUCUACGAGGAUCCUAAGAUUACAAGGAGUGAGCUUACGGUUCGGAUGGAACAUGCGUUCUUGAUCGGCACAAGGGCACAAGAUGUCGAGAUGCGCAACCGAUAUAUGGUCAUCUUCGACAAGAGUUUAAGUCGUACCGCAGCUAGUCGUUUGAGCUAUGUGCUUGCAUCCCAGAACUGGGAUACGCUUUCUGAUAGCUACUGGCUGAGCCAAGUCAUCCAUUUGAUGUUUGGCUCGGUUGAGAUGAACACGCCUGCACAGCUGCAUCAAGAGGACUUCCGACUCUUGCAGCCGACCACCUUGUUUGGACCCUACAGCAAGGAUUCUAGGAUUCCGGAUGUCAUGGUCGACGAUGAGUUGGAGAAUCUUAUCAAUGGCCAUCGCCGCUUCUGCAGUCAAUUAGCCGACGUUAAGAUCAAGGAUAUCUUUGAGCCGCUCGGACACCUUCAGCAUACCGACAGCAAUCUUGCUCACGACAUUUGGAUUGCGUUCUUCCCUCUAGCCUGGACUGCGCUCACGAAGGAUGACCAGAGCGACCUAGAGAAGGGCAUGGCGGCACUCCUGACCAAGGACUACCAUUCGCGCCAACUCGACAAGCGACCUAAUUGCGUCGCGACCAUGCUGGAUGCUAUCGUGCAUGCUCGGCCACGCGUCAAGUUUCCUCCCCACAUCAUGAAGUACCUGGCUCAAACGUACAACGCCUGGUAUACUGCGGCCGUGUACAUGGAAGACUCUGCCAUCUCACCUGUUGUCGAUGUCGAAAAGCUGCGAGAGAGCAAUCUCGAUGCUCUUUUAGAGAUAUACAGUGGCUUACAAGAGGAUGACUUGUUCUACGGCACAUGGCGACGGCGUUGCCAGUUCAUUGAGAGUAAUGCUGCUCUAUCCUAUGAGCAGUGCGGCAUCUGGGACAAGGCACAGCAAAUGUACGAGGCAGCGCAGAUCAAAGCUCGAACUUCUGUGCUACCUUUCUCGACCGGCGAGUAUAUGCUCUGGGAAGACCAUUGGGUGAUAUGUGCACAGAAACUGCAGCAAUGGGAGAUCUUGAGUGAUUUCGCUAAGCACGAGAACUUCAACGAUCUCUACCUUGAGUCUACCUGGCGGGUAUUCGACGCCUGGCAGAACACUGAGACGCGCGAACAGCUUGAUGCAACUAUCAAGGCUGUCAGCGAUGCCCCGACACCACGACGAGUCUUCUUCCAAACGUUCAUGUCUCUUCUCAAGCUCCACAAUAAGCAGGAGUCGCAGCCUGAGUUCCAUCGACUGUGUGACGAGUCCAUUCAGCUCUCGAUCCGAAAGUGGCACCAGCUUCCUCGACGCAUUACGCAGGCGCACAUUCCACUACUACAGCACUUCCAGCAGCUGGUGGAACUGCAUGAUGCUAGUGUCAUCUGUCAGAGCCUUGCGCAGACAACGCAGCAGAAUCUCGACAUCAAAUCUCAGGAGCUUAAGCUUCUUCUGAGUACCUGGCGCGAUCGCUUACCCAACUUCUGGGACGACAUCAAUGCAUGGCAAGAUCUUGUCACUUGGCGCCAGCACAUCUUCCACAUGAUCAAUGGGGUUUACCUGAACCUCCUUCCGCCGAACCAAAAUAACGCCAGCGGCAACUCCUUUGCGUACCGAGGCUACCAUGAGACUGCAUGGAUCAUCAACCGCUUUGCGCACGUAGCACGCAAGCACAAUCUUCCGGAAGUGUGCAUCAACCAACUCGGACGCAUCUACACCCUUCCCAAUAUCGAAAUCCAAGAAGCGUUCUUGAAGUUGCGUGAACAGGCGAAGUGCCAUUAUCAGAUCCGCGCUGAUCUCAACAGUGGGUUGGAUGUCAUUAACAAUACCAAUCUCAACUACUUCGGUCCGCAACAGAAGGCAGAGUUCUAUACGCUAAAGGGUAUGUUCCUGGCCAAAUUGGGGCAGAAGAACGAGGCUGGUGAGGCUUUUGGCACUGCGCUGUACUUUGAUAUCAAGCUGCCAAAGGCUUGGGCGGAGUGGGGCCGAUACAACGAUAUGCUGUUCAAGGAGGAGCCGCAGAAUCUGGAGAGGGCUGAAGCAGCACUAAGCUGCUAUCUUGAGGCUGCGAGUCAGUUCAAGAACGCGAAGUCGAGAAAGUUGCUCGGACGCGUGCUGUGGUUGCUCAGCUUGGAUAACCCCGAGAGGAAGUUAGCGGAGAAGUUUGAAGAGUUCAAGGGCGAUACUCCGGCUUGGUACUGGAUUACUUACAUCCCUCAGUUGCUGAACAGUCUUUCAAGACAGGAAGCGCCCAUCGCAAGGUCGAUUCUGGGUAAGCUGGCUAAGACGUAUCCUCAGGCACUGUACUGCCACCUCAGGACGACUAGAGAAGAUAUGGUGGUGCUUAAGAAGAAUCACGAACAGAAGGAGGCCAAGGACAAAGUAACAAAGGCAAAACAACAACAAGGCCAAGGAUCCCCUGCAGCGAAGCAAAGCUCACCAGAAGCUCGACCUGGCUCUAGCGGCAACCGGCCAGCAUCCGCGAGUAGUGAGAGCAAGCCUACCGCGAACGGUACACCGAAUGGCACCAUUAAGUCUGAGGGUGGCCAGCAAAGCAGUCCAAAUGCAGCCGCCGCACCUGUUGCUGGUGAUGCGCCGCCAGCCCCAAAGAAACCUUGGGAUCAUGUGGAGGAAAUCAGUGCGAUCCUAAAGACGGCUUUCCCUCUCCUCGCUCUCUCCAUGGAGACGAUGUUCGACCAGAUCCAGAAGAACUUCAAAUGCCCUCCGGACGAAGAUGCCUACAGGCUCAUCGUGGCUCUUCUGAACGAUGGUUUGUCGUACGUUGGUCGCCAGCCAAACCUCUACGCGCGCGAAGUUAAAUUGCCUGCUUCGACCGAGGCGAACAUUACGCGAUUCGCCGAGUCAGUCCUGCCACCACAUAUCCGUAAAGCGUUCGAAAUGGAUUUUGUCAAGAAUAAGCCGACAAUGUACGAAUACAUCCAGAAAUUACGUACUUGGCGAAAUCGCUUUGAAGAGAGGCUUGACCGAAGGAGGCUUACAGUGCCGCUCGAGCAGUAUACGCAUCAGCUUAGCGAGUUCCGAUUCCUCAAGUUUGACGAUGUGGAAGUCCCUGGACAGUACCUGCAGCAUCGCGAUAAGAACUCGGACUUUGUCCGCAUCGAGCGCUUCCUUCCUGAUGUUGAGCUGGUACGUGGCAUUGGCAUAUGUCAUCGACGCCUUCAAAUUCGUGGUCAUGAUGGAAGUAUACACCCCUUUGCGAUCCAGUUUCCGGCCCCUAGAAGCUCGAGGCGAGAAGAACGCAUUCUGCAGCUGUUCCGUAUCUUCAACGGCAUCUUGGCGAAGCGCAAAGAGAGUCGUCGGAGGAAUUUACAGUUCCAUCUCCCGCUUGUGGUUCCGAUCACGCCGAGUGUGCGCAUGGUCCAGGACGAUGCGUCGUAUAUCAACAUGCAGGGCAUCUACGAAGAUUAUUGCAGGAAGAACGGUAUCAACAAGGAUGAGCCUGUCCUUUUCAGCAUCGAGAAGCUGAGAGCUCUACAACCGAAAAACAUCGAACACGCAAAUUCCAUCCGCCUCGAGACCUUCGCCGCCGUUCAGGAGAAGUACGUGCCACCUACUGUGAUCCAGGACUACUUCCGCGCCACAUACCCCAAUUUCGCAGACUUCUGGCUCUUCCGCCGCACUUUCUCGUACCAGCUUGCAGCGCUCACCUUCAUGACAUACGUCAUGCACAUGAACACACGUUUCCCACAAAAGAUCAGCGUCUCGCGUGCUACUGGCAGGGUCUGGGGCUCCGAACUCAUCCCCUCAAUGGCAGUCGGCAAACCCAUCCUGCACAACUCGGAGCCCGUGCCCUUCCGCCUAACACCCAACUUACAGACUAUCAUGGGACCCCUCAAUCUCGAGGGUAUAUUCGCGCCCGCCGUCAUGACAGUCGCUCGCUGCUUGAUCGAGCCUGAAGGCGAACUUGAGAUGCAACUUUCUAUCUUCAUGCGCGAUGAGAUGAAUCAUUGGUUCACUUCUCAACACAAGGCUAGUCAGCUUACGCCUGAGGUGUUGAGGGAGUCGGUGCAGAGCAAUAGUGAGUUGGUGGUGAAGAGGGCGAGUGCCAUUGGGAGUCUGCCCACGGGCGCGAACUUGCCGGCAAACCAGACGAUGGUUGACCUCGUAGCUGUCGCGGUGCAUCCGGGCAAGUUGAGUAUGACGGAUCCGCUGUGGAUGGGAUAUCUGUAGAGAAGAAGAAGGGAACGAGAGUGAAUGGGAGUAUUGGGGGAUGAAGAGUUUCGGGAUUACGGAGUCGACCAAAAGUGUUGACUUUGAUCGUUUGUCUUGGAAAUGCAUUUUGACUGGCGUUCAUGGGGUUGUCGGUGUGACUCUGGCAUUUGCGGGCCCUCAGGAGAAGGGCUAGUAUGCUCAUUUGUAUUAUUUUUCAUUCAAGUUAUCAAGCGGACGCCGAGUAUGGUUAUUAUUCAAAAUCAAAGGUUGUCAGUAGAUAGUUCAAUCGAGUCAAAGUAAAAUCAAGAACUGCAUUAUGGCA